AUGAAAAGGCAGUCAAAUAACCUGAACAGCUUAAAUGAUGUAAAUAAUCAGAAUGAGGAAACUCAACAUAAUUACUUAAACUCAAAUGUAGAUAACUACAAGUAUUGGCAGUAUAAUACCAUUUUACUUUACAAUGUAAUUAUGAUAUACACGUGUGAGUGGCCCUCCCUAUUUAUCGAGUGGAUACCGAAUGUGUGCAAAAACGAUGAAGAUAUUUACUAUCAAGAUUUGAUAAUGGGAACAUAUACUACCGAGAAAAAUAACUAUAUAUUAAUUUUAGAAGUGAGCCUGCCGAGCGAGGAACUGUCACACGCGAGUUUCUACUACGAAAAGAUAAACGAUUUUCGACAUAACUUUUGCAAUGAUACGAAUAAGAAUUUUAAGAUGAAAAAUAAAAUAUACCACGAAUGCGAAAUAAAUAAGAUAAGUUGUAGUCCUCAAAAUAAAGAUGUGAUAGCAUGUUUUUCAUCUGAUGGGAACAUAAACAUUUUAAAUUUAGGUAAUUAUCAAUAUGAAGAAAAUGAGUUAAAAAAUAAUACUAUUGUUAAUUUUGAUUAUACAUUAAAAGGUCAUUUAUAUCAAGGAUGGGGUAUUCAAUGGGAUAGUGAAAAUAAUUUAAUAUCAUCCUGUGCAGAUGAUUCAUAUUUAUGUAUAUGGGAUAUAAAUUCUGGCAGUACAGGUGCUACUUGUACAAGUGCAGGUACUGGUAUAGGUGGUCCCUAUACUACUUCUUCCAGUAGUUUUGGUGGAGGAGGAGGAGGAGGAGGAGGGAGAGGGGGGGGAUGUACAGUCUCACCAUCAUAUAAUAGUAGUAAUAAAGGAGUAGUUCAUCCUGUGAUCAAAUUUUUUAAUGAUAAUGUACCUUUACAAGAUUGUUGUUGGAAAGAUAAUAAUGUUCUAACCGUGUCAGAUAAUGGACAUAUAAAUAUAUAUGAUAUACGUAAUAAAAGUGUAGUAAGUUCAAUAAAAGCUACUAACUGUACACUUAAUUCAAUUGAUGUAAAUCCACAUAAUAAAAAUAUAUUUGCAACAGGUGGAACAAAUAAAGAAAUUGAUUUAUGGGAUAUUCGUUUUACUAAUAAAUCUUUACAUAGAAUUAUUUCACAAAAAGAAACUAUAAUUAAAUUACAGUGGGAUAAAUAUCAACCAGGUAUUUUAUCCUCUUCAUCUAGUGACAAAUAUAUUUACUUUUUUGAUACCAAUAAAAUCGGUAUAGAACAAACGUAUGAAGAUUCUCAAGAUGGACCACCAGAAUUGAUAUUCAUUCAUGGGGGGCACUCUUCGAAUAUUCUGGAUUUUUCAUUGAACUCAUCUUAUUCGAUGAUGAUUUCUUCCAUCAGCGAAGAUAACACUCUACACAUUUGGCAGCCCUGCAGACAAGCCUACGAGGAUGCCUCAGAUACCUAUGACGAUACCGAAGUUGAAUAG